AUGAUCGAUGGACAGCGAAUAAAGGCAAGGGCGUCAGAGGGCGUGAUGGAUGAUGAGUGCCGGAGUUCGAUGCCUCGCUGCCAACCUGUGAUGAACGGCCCACCUAUUAGAUCACUGUGCAAGGCUGCAGCACAAGAAUCCUCACACGAUGCCUCACGGGUAGAAAAUGAUCUCGGCAGCGACGCGCCUCCAUCCCAGCCACCGCGAGCUCACUUGCAUCAAAGGGAAUUCAUUGUGACACAAUUAGAAAACGUACAAGGGAUGUACGCUCUAGUUCUCAAUACACUCUUCGUAUGCUACGUGCUGAUUCCCACUCGGUACCACAAUCAACUCGGCUCGAGACUAGUUGGCAAUUAUGUCAGCUUAUACUCGUGGGAAAAUCAGGCUAAUCAGAGGUGCUCGCUCCCUAUGGCGAGCAAGAAAAGUGAAAACGUUGAAGAUCUUAACAGUUGGGAUGCCUUGGCAGUGAGUCUGAUACCCCAUUCCAAGCCCCAUUCCAAGCCUCAUUCCAAGCCUCAUUCCAAGCCCCAUUCCAAGCCCCAUUCCAAGCCCCAUUCCAAGCCUCAUUCCAAGCCUCAUUCCAAGCCCCAUUCCAAGCCCCAUUCCAAGCCCCAUUCCAAGCCUCAUUCCAAGCCCCAUUCCAAGCCUCAUUCCAAGCCUCAUUCCAAGCCUCAUUCCAAUCCCCAUUCCAAGCCCCAUUCCAAGCCUCAUUCCAAGCCCCAUUCCAAGCCCCAUUCCAAGCCCCAUUCCAAGCCUCAUUCCAAGCUCCAUUUCAAGCCCCAUUCCAAGCCUCAUUCCAAGCCCCAUUCCAAGCCCCAUUCCAAGCCUCAUUCCAAGCCCCAUUCCAAGCCCCAUUCCAAGCCCCAUUCCAAGCCCCAUUCCAAGCCCCAUUCCAAGCCUCAUUCCAAGCCUCAUUCCAAGCCCCAUUCCAAGCCCCAUUCCAAGCCCCAUUCCAAGCCCCAUUCCAAGCCCCAUUCCAAGCCCCAUUCCAAGCCCCAUUCCAAGCCCCAUUCCAAGCCUCAUUCCAAGCUCCAUUCCAAGCCCCAUUCCAAGCCUCAUUCCAAGCCUCAUUCCAAGCCCCAUUCCAAGCCUCAUUCCAAUCCCCAUUCCAACCCAUUCCAAGCCCCAUUCCAAGCCCCAUUCCAAGCCCCAUUCCAAGCCCCAUUCCAAGCCCCAUUCCAAGCCUCAUUCCAAGCCCCAUUCCAAGCCCAUUCCAAGCCCCAUUCCAAGCCCCAUUCCAAGCCCCAUUCCAAGCCCCAUUCCAAGCCUCAUUCCAAUCCCCAUUCCAAGCCCCAUUCCAAGCCCCAUUCCAAGCCUCAUUCCAAGCCUCAUUCCAAGCCCCAUUCCCACGACUGA